AUGCUUCCCGUCUCUAAAGAUGUUUCAAUUCACUUCUUUAUUGCUUCUUUUCUUAUUCUUAUUAAGAGAGCUUCGUUCGUUUUUUUUUCUGCUAAUUAUCCCGUCGGUUUCAUUUUUUUUAUAUUCAAUUUUCUCUUCAUUCUUUACUUUCACUGUUCAUUUUCCUUUACUUUUAAUAAUACUUUGCCCUUCAUACCUCAUUCAGUACUAUUUUUUAAUCUUAUUUCAAUUUCCUUCCUUCCUUCCUUUCCUUCCUUUCCUUCUUUCCUUCCUACCUUCUCUUCCUUCCUUUCCUUCAUUUCCUUCCCUUCCUUCCUUCCUUCCUUCCUUCCUUCCUACCUUCUCUUCCUUCCUUCCUUUUCUUCCUUCCUUCCUACCUUCUCUUCCUUCCUUCCUUCCUUCCUUCCUUCCUUCCUUUUCUUUCCUUCUCUUCCUUCCUUCCUUUUCUUUCCUUCUUUCCUUCCUACCUUCUCUUCCUUCAUUCCUUCCUUCCUUCCUUCCUUCCUUCCUUCCUUCCUUCCUUCCUUCCUUCCUUUCCUUCAUUUCCUUCCUUCCUUCCUUCCUUCCUUCCUUCUUCAUUCCUUCCUUCCUUUCCUUCCUUCCCUACCUUCUCUUCCUUCCUUCCUUUCUUUCCUUCCCUUCCUUUCUUUUCUUCCUUCCUUCCUACCUUCUCUUCCUUCCUUCCUUUUCUUCCUUCCUACCUUCUCUUCCUUCCUUCCUUCCUUCCUUCCUUCCUCCUUCCUUCCUUCCCUUCCUUCCUUUUCCUUCCUUUCUUUACCUUCCUUUCUUCCUUCGUUCCUUCCUACCUUCUCUUCCUUCCUUCCUUUCUUUCCCUUCCUUCCUUCCUUUCUUUCCUUCCUACCUUCUCUUCCUUCCUUCCUUCAUUCCUUCCUUCCUUCCUUCCUUCCUUUUUUCCUUCCUUUUCUUCCUUCCUUCCUUCCUACCUUUCCUUCCUUCCUUCCUUCCUUCCUUCCUUCCUUCCUUUUCUUUCCUUCUUUCCUUCCUACCUUCUCUUCCUUCCUUCCUUCCUUUUCUCUGACUUCCUUCCUUUCUUUCCCUUCCUUCCUUUUUUCCUUCCUCCUACCUUUUCCUCCUUCCUUCCUACCUUCUCUUCCUUCCUUCUUUUUCCUUCCUUUCCUUCCUACCUUCUUCUUCCUUCCUUCCUUCCUUCCUUCCUUCCUUCCUUCCUUCCUUCUCUUCCCUUCCUUCCUUCCUUCCUUCCUUCCUUCCUUCCUUCUCUUUUUUCCUUCCUUUUCGUCCUUCCUUCCAAAAUUUUCCUGGAUUUCUUUCCCUCCGUUCUUUCUGAAAUAUUGUCGAAAUACUAUCACUUCAGAACAAAAGAUGUCAAUUCUUUGA